CACUACAUUCAUGAACGUUAGUAGAAGACGAACUGAGCCACAAUAAAGCCUGCGCAUAGACUUGUACGUGUGAUUAGCCUCACAGUUUGGACGUGGUUGGACGAGAGUGUGGGGCUGUGGAAGACGAUGAUGGCUGCCACCAGCGACGAACAGAGUAGUAUGGAGUCUUCGCGGACGAAUUCAGGGCAAAAUCAAACAAUAGAUCGGCUAAAAAUGCUGUAUCCAAUGGUGAAUGAAGAUGAAACACCACUACCAAGAUCUUGGAGUCCAAAGGAUAAGUACAACUACAUAGGACUAUCACAAAAUAAUCUUCGCGUUCACUACAAAGGUUUUGGUAAAACACACAAAGACGCUGCCAGUGUUCGCACAACGCAUUCAAUACCUGCUGCCUGUGGUCUUUAUUACUUUGAGGUGAAAAUAGUGAGUAAAGGAAGAGAUGGAUACAUGGGAAUAGGUCUUUCUGCCCAUGGAGUUAACGUAAAUAGAUUACCUGGAUGGGACAAAUACUCGUAUGGUUACCAUGGUGACGAUGGGCAUAGUUUUUGUUCAUCAGGAACUGGUCAACCGUAUGGGCCCACAUUUACCACAGGCGAUGUAAUUGGUUGUGGCGUCAAUCUUGUGGAUAAUACCGCAUUUUAUACCAAAAAUGGACACCAUUUGGGCAUUGCCUUCACAGAUUUACCACCAAAUUUAUAUCCUACAGUAGGUCUUCAAACACCUGGAGAAGUAGUAGAUGCUAAUUUUGGACAAACACCAUUUGUUUUUGAUAUAGGAGACAUGAUCAAUGAACUUCGUGUUCGAACUAGAUUACAGAUUAUUAAUUAUCCUACACCUGAUCAUGGUCAGGGUCAAUGGCAGGCUGUUCUUCACAAAAUGGUUUCAACGUAUCUUGUUCAUCAUGGGUACUGUGACACUGCCGAAGCAUUUGCCAAUAGCACAGGACAAGUCUUUGAAGAAGACUUUAAUUCUAUAAAAAAUAGACAAAAAAUUUUAAAACUAGUGUUAGCUGGUAGAAUGGGUGAAGCAAUAGAACUCACAAGUCGGUUAUAUCCCGGAUUAUUAGAACGAGAUCCAAAUUUAAUGUUUGCUUUAAAGUGUCGUCAGUUUGUGGAAAUGGUGAAUGGAAGUGAUUCCGAAGUAAAUCAAAAUAAUAAUGACAACCAAACAAGUGUUAUUCAAUCAACAAAAACAUACAAUAAACUAUCUGCUAAUGGGAAUGUUGAGGAAAUGAAUUUAAAUAAUACAAUAAACGGCUCUACCGAUCAACCAUUUAUUAAUGGCCAGAUUGAAGAUGAUGUAGAAAUGGAAGAGAAUACGAUGAAUAAUAUUAAUGGUAUUAAAAAUAAUACAAAUGGUUAUCAGAAUGGUAAUCCCAAUUCAAAUGGAUAUAAAUGUAUAAAUGGUGAAGACAUUGAUAUGGAAAUAGACAGUGCCAAUCAAAAUCAAAAUAACAACAGUAAUACAAAUAAUAAUGGUCUUUGUAAUAACACAGAAAGCCAAAAUUCAACGAUAAAAAGUAGUAAAAAACAAUUAUGUGGUGGUAAUAAACAAGCAAUUGAAAAGAUGCUUGAGUUUGGCCGACAAUUAUAUUCACAGUCGAUACAUCUUCGGCAACAGUAUGGAAAAAAUGAAGCCAAUAAAAAAAUGUUACAAGAUGCAUUCAGUUUAUUGGCGUAUUCGAAUCCAUGGAAUUCACCAGUUGGUUGGCAAUUAGAUCCCCAGGAACGGGAAACUGUAUGUGCUAGACUUAAUUCUGCAAUUUUAGAGUCUACGAAUCUUCCACGACGACCACCCCUUGAAGUAGCAAUAUCUCAUGCGAGGGAAUUAUUACGACUGAUGUCUGGAGCUGGUCUCGGAGCUUGUGGUUUUGCAGUUGUGGAUAAUAUCAUUCAAUAUUGACGGUGCCUACCUCUGCUUUCACGACCGCUUCUUCUACCUGCCCGUGUGUGGUGAGUGAUCCUCUUAUUAUCCAGGGAAAGUGCCUGACAAUCGAUGGACUCGACGAAAACAGCAACGAAACAUUUCCAGAAGCAACAAAAAAUUCUUUAAUUGCACUACAAUGCAACUUAUUAUGGGUAAAAAAUCGAACUUCUGGCCAUUUUUCCUUACAAAAAAAAAAAUAAUAACAAAAUAUAGUAAAACAAAAAAAAAAAACAUAGUGAUUCUAAUGAACACAGAAAUAUUGUAUAAAUAUAUCCUGGAUAGUUGAGUCUAAUGGAAUCAAAGUCCUUGGGGUAAAAUUUUUUUUACAAGAAAGAUCUUUUAGGAUUCGGAGACGGAACGUGGAGCAGACGAUACUAUUGAUGGAACAACUACGCGAUUUAGCGUGCCUCUUCAACUAAAUGCCAAGAUAAAUUUUAUGUUUUUUGUGAAUAUAUUAUUAAAUUAAACAAAAUAACUCUCCAUCAUCUUGGCUGAUCUCAAGACCACAACAGCGUAGACAUAAUCAAGUUAGACGCUCAGACCUGCCAACUAAAAUUGGAGUUUAAAUUUUCUUAGAUGAAAUUGAAUUAAGAUCAACGAAAAAAAAAAAAAACAAAAUAAUUAUUCAAAUACUUAGAAAUUGGUUUACAACAACAACAACAACAACAGUUUGCUUGAAAUUUAUCACUCGCUUGUGGUAAAUAAUCCGCUAAUAAAUGUUUUUAUCACGUUUAAACUGAGCGUUGUAUUAUGUUUUCCCGUUUCUAGGAGAAAUAACGAUAUUUAAUGACAAAUUAUGUUUUGAAAUAGUCAUUUUUAAAUGUGUUCGAUAUAAACACUUCUUUAUACUCAAAUAAUUUGUACAGAAAAAUUCUAAAAGAAUACCAUUUUUUCAUUAUAAUUUCACUUAAUGCGCAUGCGUCAUAGAUCUUAUUACGUAUGAGAAUGUGCGCAUGUGCAGCCGAAAAAAAAAAAAAAAUUAUGUAAAAUUAUAAAAAGAAAAAUUUUAUUCUUUUAAUUUUUUCGACAAUAAUGUCAGACAGUUUUUAACAAUAUUAUUGAUCAGAUGAUAUUAUUAUUUUUUUUUUUUUUCAUGUUUUACCAACAAUUAGCAUUUUUUUUUAUCAAAAAAAAUGUGUGCAAUAUAUUGUGUCUUUUAGAUAAAUUUUAUUUACAUUUUUGAUCACAAAUAAAAUAAAUUAAACUAAUGGAAACGUGAGAACAUUCUUUAUUGAUGAACACAAAGGUCUUAAGUUAACAUGAAUAAUAUAGAAAUGGAAAAUUAAAAAAAAAAAAAAAAGUAUAGAUAAAAAAAAAAUAAUAAUAACUUAACUAAGAAACGAUCUUGUACUCUAUAAUAAAUAAUAAGUAAUUGUUUUUUAUAUGCGAAAAUAGAAUAUAUGAAAAAUGGAUAAUGAAUAAU